CACGUUUCAGCAUCAGUGUCACGUGUCGCGGGCGGAAGCGUUUAUGUGACCGGCGCACGCUGAAUCCCGCGCGGGCGCUGCCAUUUGCUCUCUUCUUUAUAUCGCGUUGCGCGGAGCACAAAGUGCUAAGAUAGUCCCGCUGCUGAGUCACAAAUUAACACACUCGACAUGGCAGAAAACGACCCACAGGUUCAGUUUAAGCUUGUUCUUGUUGGAGAUGGGGGUACAGGAAAGACCACCUUUGUGAAGAGACACUUGACAGGAGAGUUUGAAAAGAAAUAUGUUGCAACUCUGGGUGUUGAAGUGCAUCCCUUGGUUUUCCACACCAACAGGGGCGCUAUCAAGUACAACGUAUGGGACACAGCCGGACAGGAGAAGUUCGGAGGCCUGCGAGACGGAUACUACAUUCAAGCUCAGUGUGCAAUCAUCAUGUUUGACGUGACCUCUCGAGUGACUUACAAGAAUGUUCCCAACUGGCAUCGUGACCUGGUGCGUGUGUGUGAGAACAUUCCAAUAGUGCUGUGCGGCAACAAAGUGGACAUCAAAGACCGGAAGGUGAAAGCUAAGAGCAUUGUGUUCCACCGCAAGAAGAACCUACAGUACUAUGACAUCUCCGCCAAGAGUAAUUAUAACUUUGAGAAGCCUUUCCUGUGGCUUGCACGAAAGCUGAUUGGAGAUCCCAACUUGGAGUUUGUGGAGAUGCCUGCCCUAGCCCCACCCGAAAUCGCCAUGGACCCAUCACUUGCUGCACAGUAUGAGCAUGACCUGAAAGUGGCAUCAGAAACGGCUCUCCCAGAUGAGGACGACGACCUCUAACCUGUUACCUUUUGAUCUUUUCGUUAUGGUGUUGCUGGGUUUCCUCAGCAAUUGGAAUUGUCCCCACACCCUCUCCUCCCAGUUCCUUUUACUGUAAACCCUCCCUGCUCAGAUAUUUUUAUUUUUCAAAUUUUCAUUUUGUUUCAGACUGAAUAAAACGUGAAGUGAUUGUUCAAUUGUAGACAUGCUCAUGUUGACGCCACCAUUAAGACUCACUCUAGGACACACGUGCGUUCACUUGCAGACAUGCAUAUACACUCAUCGGCAUGAGACUGAGUGUCCCAGUGCUUAUUCUCCUUCUCUGUGUGGCUUUAAGCACUUAGAGAACAACUUUGAAUAAAAACAUUCUCAGUAUA